CCAGCCAUCGCCUACCUUCAGACUCGAGUUAAUCAAGCUGCUCCACAGGAACUGCCGCGGGAAGAGCUCCAAGUUCUCUAAACUUAGCCACCUCCCGCACCCUAUAGGAAUUAAUAACACUCCCUCCCACAUACUCCCAUCUGACUGGCUAGCUCUUGUUGAGUUGAUCAGCAAUCCAAGUGUGCACCCACGAAUCGAUCUUCAAUUCGCGCGCACACAUGCUCUAACUGGCUGGCUGACAGUGAGCAGAGGAUCUAUUAGUGGAUGCAAGGAGAAGAACGGAUCGUGAGCAAGGAAGGAAGAAGGGAUCGUGAGGAAGGAAGGAAGGAACGGAUCUAUUGCUGGAUGUUAUGUUAGCUGGCCGGGUUCGACAGUGAGGAGUUUGCUAGCUAGCUAGGUAGGUCGAUCAUGGAGGCGCGGUCACGGCUACUGGUUGUCUUGGUUGCGCUCUGCGUUGUAUCCGUUGUGGCCGCGGCGGCGGAGAACGUGACGGUGGGGCAACUGUCGUCCUACCACGGGGGAGCGGUGAGCUACAACGCCAAGAGCUAUGGCGCUAAAGGCGACGGCCACACCGACGAUACCAAGGCUCUGAUGGCGGCGUGGAAGGUGGCGUGCGGGGCCGCCGGCACGGUGACGCUCACAAUCCCGCCGGGGACGUACUACAUCGGGCCGACGCAGUUUCACGGCCCCUGCAAGGCCUCCGCCCUCACCUUCAUGCUCCAGGGGACGCUCAAGGCGGCGACGGAUCUGAAGCGUUUCGGCAACGACUGGAUCGAGUUCGGCUGGGUGAAAGGCCUCACCGUCGCCGGCCAGAACGGCAUCAUCGACGGCCAGGGCGCCGCCUCAUGGCCCUUCAACAAGUGCCCCAUCCGCAAGGACUGCAAAGUCCUUCCCACCAGCGUUCUGUUCGUCAACAACCAGAACACGGUGGUGCGGGACAUCACGUCCGUGAACAGCAAGUUCUUCCACUUCGCGCUGCUGACCAACAACAACAUCAAGAUGCUCAACCUCCGGAUCAACGCGCCGGGGACCAGCCCGAACACGGACGGCAUCCACAUCGAGCGUAGCACCGGCGUGGUGAUCGCCGACACCCGCAUCGGCACCGGCGACGACUGCAUCUCCAUCGGCCAGGGGAACGACAACAUCGACAUCCAACGCGUCCACUGCGGCCCGGGCCACGGCAUGAGCGUCGGCAGCCUCGGACGCUACGUCGGCGAGGGCGACGUCACCCGCAUCCACGUCAAGGACAUGACCUUCGAGGGCACCAUGAAUGGCGUCCGGAUCAAGACCUGGGAGAACUCCCCCACCAAGAGCGUCGCCGCGCACAUGGUGUUCGAGAACAUGGUGAUGAAGGACGUGCAGAACCCCAUCAUCAUCGACCAGAAGUACUGCCCUUACUACAACUGCGAGCACAAGUACGUCUCAGGCGUGACCCUUCAGGACAUUACGUUCAGGAACAUCAAGGGCACGGCGUCGCUGCCGGUCGCCGUGAUGCUGCGCUGCGGCGUUCCAUGCCAGGGUGUGGUGCUGCAGGAAAUCGACCUCAAGUACAAGGGACAGGGUGGCACCUCCUCAAAGUGCGAGAACGCAAAGGCCAAGUACGUAGGCUACCAGUACCCAAAGCCAUGCGCCUAGCCCCAGCGCUCUCGUGGAUGCGCCUAGGCCCUGGUCCUGGUGGUCGUCCCAUUCGUGGCCGAUCUCUGAUUCUUUUGAAUCAAUAAAACUAGUGUUUCCUGAGGAUUUUUUCUACCUAGAUUGAGGAUUUUUUUCUUUCUUUUCCCAGUCUGAUGCUCGAUGACUAACUAGCACAAGGUCAGAACUUUAGAAUAGAUCGGGCUACGGGCAAAUAGACAACAUUUUGAUCCCAACAUGGACAGUAAUAAGAUGUUUUAGAUACAA